AAAUGGUAAAGAUUUAAAAAGAAGAAAAGAGAAUACCAGAAAUAUUGCGUUACUCGUGGUUGGUGGUGCAAUCUGGAAUAAAUAACAACAAAAAAAUAAGCAUUAAAUCUUAUACAUAUCUGAAAGCGAAAAGUUUAUGCAUUUCAACGAUUAAAAAAAAAAAAAUUUAUUUUGUCCGGGAUUAACCCACGCAAAUUCGGUUGAAUUAAUACGAAAUUAAUUAAAAAAUUUUUUAUAUUUAAUAAUUAUUAAAAAGUUUUAUAAAGAAAAAUUUUUAUUUAAUAAUAAAAUGUGAAUGUAUUUUAAAUUUCAGUUCGAGUAUCCGAUGAUUUUUGCGGGUAAAAUUUGUUGGUUAAAAUCGAAUGCGUUUAAAAAUAUCCAAUAAGGAAUUUUAUAUCCUUAGCGGAGGGUCAUGUACCUAUUGGUGUGCACGUAAAAGAUAUACAGAAAGAGUUUUUUAUAUUGUAAUUUUUAUAUUUUUGUGUAUUGUAAAAUUUUUGAAAAUUUUAAAAUUUAAAAUUUUUUAAAGUUCACUUAGCUUUAAAUUUCUUUAAAAUGUAAAAUUAAAAUUAUUAAAAAACUAGUGUGUCAUAGUUAUUCUUAAAUAUUUUAAGUAAAAAGUCUAAAUAAUGAAAAAGUGAUUGAAAAUUACAGGAAAUUUGCAUUAAAUUAAACCAAAAAGAAGUUGAAGGAAUAAUAAAUUUGAAAUUUAAAAUAAAGUUUUCCCAUUUAAGUUGUACUUAUCUCUUGUAUAUAAUUUGAUAAGAAUUAUAAAUUUAAUAUAAGUACGUAUGUGUGCACGCACAUAAAUAUUUCAUAUCUGUCCUUAUCGAAAAUAAAAAAAAAAAAUUCUUAAGUCUCACAUUAUAAUGUAAGCUUGAACAAAUACCAGUAACAACAACAAAUCCAAGAUAAUAGUAAUAUUGAUAGCAAAUAAUAACACAUUAAAAAAAAAGUUCUAACGAUAAAUCAUAAUGUGUGAUAGUGAAUCUGUUAAUACUUCAACAGCAACAGGAUUAACUUCCACAACUCCAACAGGAAUUAGUGCCGGUGGUAUUGAAUGCAUACAUUCACCAAUAAAAAUGUGUUCAAUUCAAGCUACAACAAUGCAAGCACAAAGUCCAUCAAAACAUAAUUCAUUAAUAUUUGACACAAGCUCUCCACAGCAACUUCAUCAAUUUGAUAAUUGUAUAAAAAAUUCUAAAAAUAGUAAUAAUAUUAAUAUGAGUGCAGUAAAUAUUGCUGCCGCAACAGUAAAAUCAGCAUCAGCAGCAACAUUAAUUGCAGCUGGUCAACCACAUCAAUUGAUUGGUGUUGGUAUUCCAUAUGGAUCUUUGGAUAAAAAUACAAUGUUAACACCGCAUGAUUUAUACAGUAUGAAUAUUAAUGCAAUACCUGCAGCUGAAAUUGGUGGAUCUAUUAAUAGUUUAAAUGUUAGUAGCGGUAAUGGAAGUGGAAAUGUUGCUGCUGCUGGUAGUAAUGGUGUAACUCCAACUUUAAUUAAUCAAAAUCAAUUAUCGAAAUCUAUUUCAAAUAUGAAUAUUAAUAUGAAUAUUAAUCCCGGCAAUAUAACCCAAAUAAUUAAUAUUGAUGAACUAAUUUUGGAAAAUUAUGCUCUAAGAGAGAAACUCAAAGAAAUAACAAAUGAUCGUGAUCGCCUUUUGUGUGAAGUUUCUAAUUUACGUUUAGAAUUGGAUAUGCAAGAAUUGAAGCGUUUACCAGAAUUAGAAAGGUGAGUAUUAAAAAUUCAUCACAUCAACUAGUUGGAAAUUCAUAAAGCUCAGUAGAAGUCUCUUUAAAAUCAUUCAAACAUCACGUAAUAAUUUUUUUUAUUUAAUUUGUUAUUGCUAUUCAAAUGAAAA